GCUGGCCCUGCGCGGAAGAGCAUUUAGGGGAGGGGCGAGGCACGUGCCUCGGAGCUCCCUCCGGGUCUGUUCAAACGACCUCGAGACCUGGCGGGUUGUCGGAACGCGGAAGGGAGGGAGAGGAGGUAGGAGCUUGGGCCUCCCAGUCCCAUGGUCCCCGCCGCCUGCAUGCUGCUCUGGGCCCUGCUGCUAAGUCUGGGGCUCCGGGCGGCGGGGGCCCAAGACCAGACGUCAAACCCGACCGCCACCCCGACAGGGAUGCAGCGGAUCAGCUUACGCUUCGGGGGCCCAGCCCGCAGCCUCCGGAGCACAAGCCCCACCGCCCGGACUUAUAUACCCCGGAAGGUGAAGGCAAAUCUGGAGGAUGAAAAUGAUGCCCUGGUCACUGCCGACAGCUUGGCCGGCCCGGCAGCCGCUGAGCUCCUGUCCACUGUGUCGAGCAUUAGCCGGUCGUCACUGGCCAACUCCAAUUUCAAUAACGAUGGCUCCUUGGAAGAGGGGGCGUUGGUUGAUACCAAAAAACCCACCAACUCUGGCAUUUUCUCUUCGACCUCCAGUACUACGGAAAGUUCCAGCACCACCGGGAGGUUUGUAGCCAAUAGCCAGGAGCGAGACAUUAGAAUAACCCACGAUCUGUCGACCGUCACUUCAAAGCCUACUCUGGACCUGAAUUCCGAGUCCACCCUGCGCCAGUGGUCGACACCUGGGUCCACCCCGACCCCGUGGCCAAAGGCCUCACCCACAGCCAUGCCGCCUCCUGAGGAUCUGCGGCUGAUGCUGAUGCCCUGGGGCCCAUGGCACUGCCACUGUAAGUCAGGCACCAUGAGCAGGAGCCGGGCUGGGAAGCUACGUGGCCUUUCGGGGCACCUUCGGGUUGGAGCGCUGAGUGAACUCCGCACAGAGCACAAGCCUUGCACCUACGAGGAAUGUGGGACUUGCAAUAAGCAACGGGAGGAGUGCCCUCUGGACUCAGGCCUCUGCCCUGACGACGGCUGCAGCUCGCGGUCCAGCCGCCCCACGUCUCCUCUGGCUUCUGGCCACCUGAGACGCAGACCCAUCCUCCCUCUCACUAGCCCCAGCCCAGCUCUUGCCUUUUGGAAAAGUGUCAGGAAUGGCCUGGAGGAUAUCUGGAACAGCCUUUCUUCAGUGUUCACAGAGAUGCAACCAAUAGAAAGAACCCAGAGGUAAUGGCCACUUCACCCUCAAGAGAUGAUGUCUAUGCCGUAACCUACCCUUUCAACCCCAGCACCCACUAUAUAUUUUUAAUACAGAGAGAAAAAAAAAAACAACUACAAAAUGC